UCUGAUGAUGUUGGCCACAUACCGGUAAAAAUAAAUUGAAAUACUGGCCGACUUCUAGUGACGACGGUAUUUGUCGUAAAGACAACUUCAGCAAUCGUGGCCUCUGUUUUAUCAUUUUUAUAUGAGUUCGGGUUUUUGGAUCUUUUCUCAGAUAUCUUGCCGCGCUUUGCUCCCCUAUAGGCCAAAUCCUGCCCCCCCCCCCUAAACAGUUAGCUUUGGUCUAUUUACUGCACAAUGCCCUUUCUGUGUCAUUCUUAGUUGUAAACAGGAGCAUAGCCAGGAUGGUAAGAUUUGGGGGCAAAGACGAGUUAAGCGAGGGAAAAAUGGGGGCCUACACGCUUUGGAAGGUUAGAGAACGCCCUUAGUAUUUUGUUGUUGGUGGCGUCCGUCCCCUCUUCUUUCCCCACAUUACACUACUGGUUGUAAAUGCGUGUGAAAAAGCUUACUUACCGUAAUUUCCCUGAUUGUCGCAGAGAGAAAUACGGAUAGAUAUCUUUGCAUUCAAUCUUAACUAUCCUCCGAAGAAACGAUAUUUUUUCAACAAAUUUAAUUUAAAGUUCUUUUCAAACAAAGCCCCAUCGGUUAAAAAAUUUGAUGCUUAAUAAGAAAGUAAAGGCCAUCAUUUUAUGGAUUUAUAUUUACAAUAAUCAUAGAACUAAGUAUAAUAGCGCAUCUAUUUAGCAGCUGUGCUACCAGGGAGUUGCGUUUUAAACUGAUUUCAGCUUGUAAGAUAGUAUCUUCAUUGGAUCAAAAACAAGGGCAACCCCUUAGUGGCACAUUUUGGACAUAUUCUGACAAUAGAUUUUGUUCUGUGCCCCAAAUUAGGUCUUAUCAGAUUUUCUCAAGGGAGUAAAUUAGGCUUUAAGUUGGAAAAAUCGCUUAGUACACCCCCCCCCCCCCCACCCUCCGGAUUCUAUGAAUCUUGCAAUGGAAAGUUCGAUAACAAGCAAUAGGUAGGAACAAUCCAAGAUAAAUUUAACUAAUUCGAAAAGCAAAAUUUGAAAAUAAAGCCCAGCACAGAUUUUUCGAUUCUGUUUUAGGGUUGUUGCAAAAGUGAUAUCUUUCGUGGAAUUUCUACAUAACUUUUGCUUAUUAAAAAUUUUGGUUAUAUUAUUUUAAAAGUUGCUACACCAUUGUUUGACCUGUAGCCUGUGGAGUGUUGGGAAUAAAAUAUUCACGGUUGGCAAGUUUAACAUUAAAUUCUAGAAAUAUUUGUUAAUUUAUUUACAAACAAUGAAAGCCAUGUGGAAUGGAAGUGGGUUUGUGAUUUUUGGACUUUAAUAGGAAACUCGUCAUUUAUAACCACCAUAAAUCGAUGCGGGUUUCGUUUGCACCAAUCAUAUCGUUUCCUUGACAUCAUAUGGAGAACAAAAGGUCUAGCAACGACAACAACUAAUUGAUAUGAGUAUACAGGAAAUGAAGUAGAAAAGAUGGCAGCAAUUUUCUGUGGAAAAUUAUCAAUUCGAUCACCUGCCCUUGUCGGAGGAAAAGAGGCCAGUUACUGAAAAUUUGCGAGCGCAUAGGCCCAUUUAGACUCUCAGUAAUUCACAGUUGUUGGUUUACGAAAGUAUUUGGUCAACUUUUGCUGAGUUCGUCAUGGGAAAUUGUUGCAUCUCGCCGAACAACCAGAAACAAAUUGUCAGACGGCCUAAAGAUACAAACGGUAAAGUGAGCGGAAAGGACAAACACUCUCCAGUAACAUGCAUAGCUGCAAAUAAAACCGCGACAGAAAAUGAGAAAAAGAAACACCUUGUUGAAAAUGGUAGCUCGUUACUCAACGAAAGUAAGUUUUCUAGUCCAGCUGCUGUGAAGUCGGGAAACCCCCCGCAAGACAGAGAUUCGAGUCGUUCCUCACAAAAAUCGGACUUUAACGAGCAAAAUAUCGAGACAUUAUUUGCUAAAUAUAAGGAUAAAAACGAAGAAAAUAUAUUAGCUGCUGGUACAGAAAGCCUUUGCCAAGAUUUAAAACUUGACCCUACUGAAUUUCGUGUUCUUUUACUGGCGUGGAAGUGUAAUGUUUCCCAGAUGUGUCGUUUCACAAGACUGGAAUUUACGCACGGAUGUAGGAUUUUAGGUUGUGAUUCAAUCCGUACAAUGCAAUUAAAACUGUCUGUUGUAGAACAAGAAGUUGACGACAAAGAACUAUUUCGCGAUCUCUAUCGUUUCACUUAUGGCUUUGGCCUAGAUGUAGAGGAUGGUCAAAGAACUUUGCCAACCCAAGUUGCCAUCGAUCUAUGGAAGCUUGUGUUUACUAUAAAGAGACCUCGAUUUUUAGAUGAAUGGUUUGAAUUUUUGGAGAAGAAACAAGUAAAAGGAAUAUCCAGAGAUACAUGGAACAUGUUUCUCUACUUGACAGAAACAAUGAAAUCAGAUUUCAGUAACUAUGAUGAUUCUGAGGCUUGGCCCAGUCUUUUUGACGAAUUCGUAGAUGAACGCAAUCAGCCUGUAGAAAAUGAGCAGAAAGAGUCAGAUAGUGCUUUUUGAUUUAGAUGAUUUUGAAUUUUUUGGAGCUAUGGCUUUUAGAGAGAAUUUGAUAUUAGUUAAGUUAAGGGGCAAUCCACCAUUAGAUUGAAUUUGUUAUAUUGUUGUAAGAUGAGCUAAGCAUAGGAAAUUUGAUAUCACCAAUUUGCCAUUUCAAUCUUAGGGUAUUUCUAGUAUUUCAAACAUUUAUUGAAAAUCAAACUGGCUUUGGGUUGUUCUGAAUAUUUCAUAUUCAGCUUGUUGCUACCCUACAUCAAGUGGGAAACCUCUAAAAUUAGAAAAAUUUCCAGUCCUUUAUCUUCAUCUGUUAUAUAUCUUGCAGGGCCCUGUCAAACUCCAAAGGUUUUGGAGCUUCAGGUGUAUAUGGGAAAAUUGAGGAAAAGUGAUGAUGUAACAAUUAGUUUGGUUGUUCAAGACGUUGUUUAACACAAAGCUACAAUAAUCCUAAAAAACUCUUAGUAUGUGAUUGCCUUGCGAUUGCUGCUCUGCCAAAAUAAUUGAUUUAGUAUGACUAAGCAUAGUGAUUAUGUUUUUCUGGUGAAUUAGAGAAUCAGACCCAUAAAUUAUGAACAAAAGUGCUUGAAAUUCCUUCACCUUGCUUGCAAGAAAGAGAACAUAUCAACAGAAAACUAAUUAACAGUUUCUAAAAGAAUUUUCCAUUGUUUCUGUUGUUUGAAUAUCAGUUUUUACACAUUUUAAACAUAUUAGCUGUCAUAAGAUAAUUUUAGAGUAAUUAGUUGUAUAUUUGGAGUUAUUUAGUUCUCAGGGUAGCAUUAAAUGGCAUUGACUAGAUUCUGGGUUAAUGAUGAAGUGCAACAAGACAUUUAUAUGUAAACAAAGAUGUUUAAUAGAGAUAUAGAUUUUCCUAUCAAACCAGACCUCAAGUAAAAAGCACUUUGAUAACUGUAAAUAGGGACAGAUUUUGUAAUCCAAGGUGUUGUAUUUUACUUGAAACUUUAAAUGACCAUUGCCAAAGAAUUCAAUGAAAUGCAAUUGACUUUGCCUCAAUCAGAAUUAUGACCAGUCCUCCUGUGAUUUAUGAUUAAUUCAUUCAAAUAGAAAAGUGAUAUCAAACUCUUUAUAACAGCAUACACAAUGCAUUUGGUAUGAGUUUGAUCAAGUAAAAAUUGAGUAAUAGAUAUUUGCAAAUUUCAUAGCUUAUUUGUAGUUAUUUCCAGAGUAAGUAUUGUGUUAUUUGUUGCUUCAAUUCCAUAUCCAAAGUAAUGUAUUUCCAAGAUGUGUCUGUGUGUUUCUAUUUUAUAUCUGCCUUUAAAUCAAGUUGAAUCACUAUAUAUUCUUCUGGCAUUCCCAUGUUUUGAAUUGGCCUUUUCCAAGCAGAACAGACAAUGAGAUUGAUAAGGUAUAUUAAUGUUUGAAGAUGCAUAAUUAUAAGCAUAGACACAUAGACACCUAAGAAAGAUCCUAGGACUUAACUGGCAAAGAAAUAUUACCAACAACGAGCUCUAUGCCAGAACAAAAUGUGAACCAUGGAGUGAAAUAAUAAGAGAAAGGAGACCAACAUGGCUAGGACAUCUCAUGCGCUUGCACCCAGAAACACCAGCAAGGAAAACUCUUAAAGAAUAUCUCAGGAGGGUAAAACGG